AUGUCAGUGGCUCUCUUUGAUGAAGCAUCACCCAGAGAUGCCCUCAUAACCACAAACUCAACCUCUGCAAAAAUCUGUCACUUUGGGAAACACGCUCAUCUUCAAGCCAUAACACAUAUUUCACAGUUAGUGGUGCACCCCUGCAAAAAUUGGCCUCUGUCCCAUAAAUCCUUGGCUGUUCAUUUGCACAAAAGCCUCCAAUCUCCUCUGUCCAAACUGUCACUGCAUCCCGGUUCUUCUGAAGAAGUCUCUGACCACCCUGCUGAGCUUCUAUCGCCUUCAACCUCCCAGUCUCCUCUCUCCAGCUCAGCUUUAACUCCAUUUUUAACUCUGAAAACAUUUUCACCGCAUGCCAAAACAUCCACCAUUCCUCUCCCGAAGCCAUUGCCAUCUCCUCUAGAAGCAGCACCUUCCAUACAGCCUGGAAUACAUCUGGCUCACACCCUGCCUUACACAGCAGGGCUGCUGUUUGAGCACCAGCCUUUCAUAGUUACGUGGAACAUCCCUGAUGUGGUAUGUAACAGGUACAACAUCUCUCUGGACACCUCCCCCUUUAAAGCCGUUGCAACGCCUGCCAAGGUUCCUGGCCAGUUUUUGACUCUGUUUUAUACAGACAAACUGGGUCUGUACCCAUAUGUAGACAUCAAAAGUCAAAAACAGUUCUAUGGUGGCAUCCCCCAGAGAGCUAACUUAAAGGCCAGUAUGGACAAGGCCAGAGAAGACAUUAACUACUACAUCCCAUCCAAAGGCUUGGCUGUGAUUGAUUGGGAGGAAUGGCGCCCUCUCUGGGACAGAAACUGGGGCAAUAAAAGAAUCUAUCAGACUUUAUCAGUGGCCCACGUUAUGCAGAGAAACUCAUCACUUACAGCCCAGCAGGCCACAAGAAAAGCCAAACAAGAGUUCCAGGCGGCAACAAGGGAAUUCAUGUCAGGGAUGCUGCAAACAGGGAAAGCCAUGAGACCCAACUACCUUUGGGGCUUCUACUUGUUUCCCAGCUGCUAUAACUAUGGCUGGCUGGAGCCAAACUAUACAGGGCAGUGCACCAAGGAGGUGAAGAGACAGAACAAUGAGCUGCUCUGGCUCUGGAAGUCCAGCACUGCCCUUUACCCCUCCGUGUACCUACAGGUCUCUUUAGCAGACAACCCUAAAGCGGCCCUGAUGGUUAGAAACCGUGUUCAGGAAGCUCUGAGAGUGUCUGCUCUACCCAGGCUGAGCAACCCUGCACCUGUGUUUGUUUACAUGCGGCCCGUCUUCGUGGAUCAGAACAGACGCUUCCUCAGUCAGGGGGAUUUGAUCAGCACCAUUGGGGAAAGUGCAGCAGUUGGAGCCUCUGGGGCUGUGCUGUGGGGGGCCAGCGUAGACUAUGAUGAUCAGACUUCUUGUGAAGCCCUCUCAUCCUACCUCACCUCUGUCCUCAACCCUUACGUCACUAAUGUCACAGCAGCUGCCCAGCUCUGCAGCAACUUCCUGUGUCGAGGGAAUGGCCGCUGUGUCAGAAAAAAAUCCAGGUCCAGUUAUUACCUUCACCUCAACCCUGAGAAUUUCAGAGUCCUGCGUGUUCAGGAACGUUACUUUGUUCUAGGGAGACCCACAUUGGCAGACCUGAAGACUUUAGGCAUGAGAUUUAAAUGUCAGUGCUACAAGGGUCUGAGCUGCACUCCCAGGACAUACAGAGAGCUAGCCAAGAUGAUGAAAUUUAGUAUGAAGCAAGGGAUGAACCAAAAGUCUUACAGUCUAACUAAACUGAUGUUAGACAAUAAACAACAGGUCAGUAUUAAUAAAGAUAAUGUCAAAGAGAGAAAGUGACAAAAAGGAAAUAUUAA